AUGUCGAUUCCAGUGGGCAGACCCCGUGAGUCCUUGGUCAAGUACGAUCCACCGUUGGAGCUGGGCCCCGCGCCUUCUGAUGCCGUUGGCCGCAAGGGCAACAAGCCUCCGAAGCCCAACUCGCUAAAGGCUCAACUUGCGCGGAAGACGCAGCUACCACCAGCGGAGUCCAAGCCCAAUACAGACGAUGUUCUGCACGCGCUGCUGCCACCUCGCGAGUGGAUUGAGGACGGCAAGCACUACCAGCAGUAUGUAAGCAAUCAGCCGGCUACGCGUUUGGACGUCAUCCAGCUGCAAGAGGCUUUGGAUCAGCGGCUUAUGGAGCGCCAGGCCCGUGAGACUGGCAUUUGCCCAGUUCGGGAGGAACUUUAUUCUCAGUGCUUUGAUGAGCUGAUCCGCCAGGUGACCAUCAAUUGCCCUGAGCGCGGACUCUUGUUGCUGCGCGUCAGAGACGAGAUUCGAAUGUCCAUUGCAGCUUACCAGACGUUGUACCAGAGCAGUGUGACUUUUGGUACACGCAAGCAGUUACAGUCCGAGCAGGGCAAGGCAGAGACUGAGCAAAUGAUUGCAGAGCAUGAAGAGCAGAAGAAGCAGCGAGAGGCCCGUGUUGUCGAGCUCAAGAACAAGUGCGAAGCCAUUGAACGCCGCGAAGCGGAACGUCGAGCUGUGGAUGAGCGCAAGCGGAAGGAAGAAAUCGACUUCCUCAAGCAUCAGCAGCAGCAUUUGGAGUCGUUCCUCAAGAGCCACGACUCGAAGUGA